AGUGGUCUGCAUGGUCUAGAAACACUUGUGAAUAAGUGCCUUGUGGAGCUGGUUUGUGAGUCAGAUUAUAGGUACUGCAGGCAUUAUCUUGCUCCAGUGAGGUCUGCCAAGAUAAAAAUGCAUGAUCAUCUUAGGGAUAUGGGAAGAGAGAUUCUGGUCUCCAUUGCAGAUUGCUAACAUAAAGAACCAUCCCAAGAAAAGAAUGCUGAUUCGAGGGAUACGACCAGCAAAUGCUUUUGUGGCGUUCAAAGAGUACACAUAUCAGUUAAUACAAAACUCAAUCAGACUGUCCGAACGCCUUAAAUUCUCAAAUGGAUUACAAAUCCUUUCCGUGAAAGGAAAUGAGUUCACGGAAGAAUUUGCAUCAUUAUCAGAAGACCUGGUGUGGCUUCGGUGGGAAGAUUUUCCAUUAAGAAAUCUGCCAACAUGGCUUACACUAAGAUGUUUAAGUGUUUUAGAGCUUCAUGGUGCUAAUGAGUUGGAAGAAUUGUGGGAGGAGAGUGCGGAUCCUCCUUUGCAAUUGACAGAGCUUAUUAUAUGGGGUAACCAAAAGUUGCAAAGACUUCCAAGGUCAAUAGGACGUCUUCAGUAUCUAAAGAAGAUUUUUUUCUACUUUCAUGGUAACAGUUUGCCAGAACAGUUCUGCUGCCUAAAAUCCCUGGAGUAUUUGAAAUUAUACUCCCCAGGGCUAUCUUCACUGUCUUCUCGUUUUGGCAAUUUAAGAAGUUUGCGGAAAUUAAUUCUGGCAUAUUGCAAGCAGUUGAGCAGUUUCCCUGAUUCUUUCAGUCAGCUGAUCUUCCUGGAAGAUCUGAAUCUAUCACACUGUGAAAUGCUAUCCUCACUACCUACUGGAUUUGGCAAUUUAAAAAGCUUGAAGUAUUUAAGUCUAGAGUAUUGCAAACAGUUAAGGACUUUGCCAGAUUCUUUCAAGGAACUGAUCCACCUGAAAGAUUUAAAAUUAUCAUAUUGUGCCAAGCUUAAAUUGAAGAUAGAUAUGCUGGAAAAUAUCAGGAAGCUGAAAGUUUUUGAACUAAGUUAUUGCGAGGAAUUGGAAUAUUUGCCUCAUCAAAUAAUGAAUCAGGCAUCGCUGACAAAGUUAGACUUACAGGGUUGUACCAAGUUAACAGGUUCACCAAAUGACAUUGGUGAACUGAUCAAAUUACACACUCUCAUAAUUGAGAGUAUGAUGUUAAAAGGCUUGCAAACUUCACUUGUAAGGUUAUCCUCAUUAAAGAGUAUUGUAAUUGUAAGUCCUUGUGGUGAAAUCGAUUCUGAUACCGGGGCGGAAGACUGCAAGCAAGUCUCCAGUAUAUCAAUUUCCAAUGAUUCUUGUCCCAACCUUGAAAGUUUCAAGCUUAGGUGGAAUCGUCAUUCAGUGGAGAUCGAGAGACUGCCAGUGUCGCUCAAAUUGCUAUCAAUAUACGACUGCAAAGUACUGAAGAACAUCAGGUGUGUUAGUGCUCUCGUAAGCCUUGAGAAUCUGAUAAUCUUUAACUGUCCCCAGAUAGAAGAACUGCCAAACUUUGCUGAUUUGGCUUCGCUGAAAGAAUUUAUAUUGACGAAUUGCCCCAAAGUUGAGAAAAUAGAAGGUUUGCAAUAUUCCCAGUCAUUGAAGCAUCUGUGUCUUGUAAAGACCUGCUGGAAGGUACCAGGUGUACAAAGUUUGGUGAAAGUGGAAUUAUUGGAAACCCUAGUGCUUGAAUGCGAGACUAUAUCAGCCCUGAAACCUUGCAUUCAGUCUUUGAAGGAAUGUCCAAGGCGUUUGUCGAUACAAGGUAGCGUGAGCGAUUUUGUCAGACCAAUUGUAAACUCUCUAGACUUUCCUGAUCUUGCGAUUAGGGAGGUAGAGGAGCCAUCAGAUGUAUCGAAGACUCUAGAUUUGUUUGACACCCCUGCUUUUUACUGUUAUGUGGAGGGAAAAGAGAAGAAUGAGGAGGAGAGUAAAGUUGUACGCAUUUGUGCGUCCCUCGGAAAAUAUGAUGCGAGCAUGGAAGUCUUUCUUUUCUUCCAUGCAAUCUCUGGAGUCAAGAAAACAAAAGCUAUGGUAGUGAUGGGCGAAGAAGGAAGAAUUGUGGAGGCAUUUCACCAGUUGUUACCACUCCUGGAAUAGUUGCCAUUUGACACGCAGCUUGUAGAUAAGAAGCAUUGGGAAACAGCUGUUCUAAACCAAUGUAAAGUUAUUGUGUAUAAGAAUAGUUAAUCAAUUGGCGUAUGAAGUUCAUUGUUAAUAAUUAGAAAAAUAAGGAUAGGAUGGUGGUGAAGAUUGAAUUUUUAUUUCGUACAAGUAGCGCAAUUUCUUCUAAGAC